AUGUCUGGAACCACGCAACUUCGACCGACGUACCAUGGUUACGUCCGCGAUACUACCGAUGCCCUGAUCAUUUUUGAAGCAUGUCUCGCUGGCCAACUGCUUCAUGUUCCUCGUCGACCACAUGACCGUGAGCGUCAAAAUGUCAUUAAAAGUGGUAGUAUCUUCGUUUACGAAGAGCAUGCUUCGGGAAUCAAGCGCUGGACCGACAGCAUUACAUGGAGCCCUAGUCGCAUCAUGGGGAACUAUCUCGUCUACCGCCAGCUUGAAAAGCCCUUCGCACCCGGAGAAAAGAAGCGCGCUAAGGGAAAGGGCGGCAAGUCAACCACGCAAUCUGGAGGCAUCUCGAAACCACGACAACGGAACGCUCUCCCUUUCCAACAAGGCCUGGAACAUGGUAAUGAGUACCCUUCUGUGCCUAGUGAUGAGGACCGCCAGCUGGUCGGUUCGCUUGUCGACUCGUACGACUUCAAGGAACAAGGACUGGUCAAGAAGACUAUCAGCAUCACCUACAAUGGCGUGCCCCACCAUCUCAUCAGCUACUAUACGGUGGAGGACGUCAAGGCAGGUCUCUUGACUAGUCCCGCGGACGACCAAGGACUCCGCGGCGUUGUUCCUCGCGCCGAGCUCACGAAUGGCCAGAAUUUCCGCGCCCCGAUCGAGGAAUCAAUAGGCGGCGCCUAUAUGCCAGGCAUGAGGCAUUCCGCUGCACCAGCCACAGAUGCACCAGCCGCAGAUGCACCAGCCGCAGAUGCAUCAGCCACAGGUACAUCAGCCGUUGGCACAUCAGCCACAAGUGCAUCAGCCGUUGGCACAUCAGCCACAAGUGCAUCAGCCAUUGGCACAUCAGCCACAAGUGCAUCAGCAAUACGUGCAACAGCCACAAGCGCAUCAGCCAUACAUGCACCAGCCACAGGUGCACCUAAAUGGUUACCAGCCGUCCUAUGA